AUGAGCCACGAAACCUUGCAGCGCCUCAAAAAGCCCCGACCGUCUGGAAAAGAUGGCAGCGAUGGAGGGUUUGGUGCCCUGUACCUGGAGCUGGACAAGCUGCAGAGUCAGAAGAAGAAAAAGUUGCUUCAUGUUGCAAACUUCUCUCUCAUCAAUGUGCUGAUGACUGCGUGCUUCGACUUGUUUUCUCUUCUACCCGAAGCUGAAAACACACACCCAUCCUUGAGCCUUUAUCUUUCGAUAUCUAAUGGUGAAAGGAAUUCAAUACUUAUACAAAUUCAGAGAUUUCCAUCAUUUUUCAAACCCAUCCUUGCACUUUUUGUUCACUUCCUCAUUUACAUCUACUUUUGA